AUGACGGACCUAAAUACUCCAGACUCCAUGCCUGCCACCCCCGAUGGCUACGUUGGCGAUAGAGACGGACUGGGUAGUCCUACGUCGCCCGGUUCCGCCGACUCUUCCGAGGCCAGCACCCCGCUCGAAGGCCCCUCGGAAUCCCCUUCAGAAGUACCCAAACGUCUCCCGUCGCUUCGCACCGUUUCCGAUCCUCAAAAUAUGACUCCGUCCUCGACACCCUUGGGCAUGCUGAGCAACGCACGCCGUCCGCCUCCUACCGCUUCCAUGAUGAGCAUGGGUGGUGGUGCCAUGAACGAAGUCAUGGCAAGGGCAAGGGCACUUCACGCUCAGCGCAUGGGCAAGCCUGCUGGCUCACAGCCUCCUCCCAACAAUAUGGCGAGCUCGCCGCAAUCUCCAGUUCCACGGCAAGGCUCUCCCGGAGGGUUACCUGGCGGUAUACCUGGAGGGCUGAAGCUGCCUGGUGGUUUGGUUCGCCCAUCCCCUGGUGGUAUGCCACGCUCCGCCCCGGUUAUCCCAACGAAGCCAUCUCUUGCUGCCAGGCGUGGACCCAUGAUGAAGCUUUCCGACAUGGGCGGUGGUCCUUCGCCCGCCUCUCCGACCGCGCCGAAGUUGUCUGAUAUCCACGGCCCUUCGAAUAAUGGGAGCGGUGCACCCAACGGAACGACUGGAUCCAAGAUGGACGAGUUCAAAAAAUACAUUGACUCGGAGAAGGGGUGGAUCACGUUCGACGGUGCUGCAACUAUCACUAAGAACGGUGUCAACUUUGCCAAUGGCACAGCUUUUACCAUUUCGCUAGACGAAGUGGAGAUCUUGGACGAGCUUGGCAAGGGUAACUAUGGUACCGUCUACAAAGUGAGGCAUACAAAGCCUAGAGUACCAAGGUUUGGAUCUGGAUUGGGUGGUUUCAAGAACCCGAAGUUGAACUCGUCACAGUCCGACCCAUCACCCAUCCGCCAUGCCGAUACAUCGAUAGAGUCAUCACCAGUCUCGGCAUCCACUGAAGGUACCGGAAGGGUGAUGGCGAUGAAGGAGAUUCGGUUAGAACUGGAAGAGGCCAAGUUCACGACCAUUCUCAAGGAGCUCGUCAUUCUACACGAGUGUAUAUCGCCCUACAUCAUUGACUUUUAUGGAGCCUUCUUCCAAGAAGGUGCGGUCUACAUGUGCAUUGAGCACAUGGAUGGUGGAUCGAUCGACAAGCUGUACGACGGUGGUAUUCCCGAAGGCGUGCUACAAAAGAUUACAUACUCUACGGUCAUGGGCCUCAAGUCUUUGAAGGACGAGCAUAACAUCAUUCACCGUGAUGUCAAACCCACCAACAUCCUGGCCAAUACUAGAGGCCAAGUCAAGAUUUGCGAUUUUGGUGUCAGUGGAAACCUUGUUGCGAGUAUCGCCAAAACCAACAUUGGUUGCCAGAGUUACAUGGCCCCGGAACGUAUCUCAGGAGGAGGUAUGACAGCUGGCGCUGAUGGCACAUACAGCGUGCAGAGCGAUAUCUGGAGUCUCGGUUUGACAGUCAUCGAGUGUGCCCUGGGACGAUACCCCUACCCGCCGGAGGUAUCGUCGACGAUUUUCAGCCAGCUGAGCGCUAUUGUCGAGGGAGAGCCCCCAGGCCUGCCUGAGGAAGGAUACUCCAGCACCGCACACGACUUCGUCCGCAAGUGUCUCAACAAGAUUCCGAAGGAUCGUCCUACCUAUGCGGCGCUGCUCCAACACCCUUGGAUGACACCCUUUUCCAAGAUUGAGACGAUUACCGAGGAAGCAGAAGAGGGAGAGGAGGCUGAGGCUGUAGCAGAUGCUGUCGGCAAGCUCUCCCUCUCGUCUGGCACCGAGGAUGAAGAAGUUGCGAACUGGGUCAAGUCGGUGUUGGAGCGGAAGCGCGCAGGUCUUAUCGCUCCGGCCGCCAAACCGGCCCUGCACGCUGCUCCGUUACAGUCCCCGACUGCGAGCCCUGUGGUCGGAGCUGGUGGUAUGCUUGAAUAG